CAAGGGCCGACCCGGAAGCUUCUUCGCGGAGGGAUCCGUUCCCCAGACUCGCGCCCCCGGCCCCGCCCCGGUUGCCUAGGCGACGAAGGGCCGCACCUCCGGGGCGAGAUCCUGACGAUGUCUGUGGGGACCACUCCCGGGGGGACGACCCCCGCGGCGACGACCCCGGCGGGAACCACGCCCGAGUCGGAGAGAGAUGCUGAAUUCCAGGAGCAUGAAAAGAUUCUGUCUCCAGAUUUUCUUUCCCUUGCUCAAAUUACUGAAAUGCUAGCAGAGGACGUAGAUGGAGUUCAACAAAAACUGAAAAAGUUUUUAAAUUUCAAAAACCUUCACACCUGUUUAAAGGAAGCCAUUCUACUAGAUUAUUAUGUAUCUGGAUUUUUGUGGGCUAGAGGAAUGGACUUUUCUGUUAUUCAAUAUUCAAAAUUUAUGACCUUACUAGAUAUGUUACUUCAUAAUCUUAGAACACUGCAUAUGUCCUUGGAAGACAGCAUAAAAUGGCUUGGAGAAGUUAUGGCUGAAAUAGGACCAUCCCAUUCACAGAAAAAUGAGGAAUGGAAUGUCUUUAAUAUAAAACAAGCCAAUGCUGUCAUCGAUUACUUAAAAAUCAGCUUAUUUCAACACUACAAGCUAUAUGAGUUUCUAUUCUACUCUACCAGGGAAGAAAUUGUGAUAGGAACUGAGCAAGUGUUAGAGGUCGUCAAACCUUCAGGUGGUCUCUUCCCAGAUCCUUUAGAAGAAGGAAUCUCAUCUGAUAUUUAUUCAACAUUCAUAGAGCCACCCCUAACAUUGGAUACAGAAAUGAAGGGAUUGGAUCAAGAACAAGGCCCUGAGGAAUCCCAGUCAGAAGCCAACACUUCCAACGUGGAUCCUUUAGUGGGUUUCACCACCAAAGAUAUAAAAGCAGUGCUGGGUCAAGUUACAGAUGAUAUUUUAAUCGGCAUUCAGACCAAGAUAAACGAAAAGCUGCAAAUACAGGAAGAGGCCUUUAAUGCACGAAUAGAAAAAUUGAAAAAAGCCUGAGGACUCAGUACAAGGAGAGUGAUGCUAAACUUCACAGAAACAAACACAACCAGCCGAAAUAGUAGACUCAAGAGCAGAGUAUCUCCUUCAUUUCAUUGGGAGAGGAAAACCAAGCCCUGCGUUUUAUUAUCCUGAGUAAUUAGAAAAGUAUUGGCCCCCAUUUUGCUAUCUCCUUUCCCAUAAGAGCCUCUGAAUUUAUGGCACUAAGUGCAAUAAGAACAGUUUGUAUACAAGAGUUUGGAGAAUUGUAUAUAAAAAUACAAUUACUUUUACGAUACUCCUUUGACAUUUUGACUAAUAAAUGCUAUUCAUCUUCAGGGAGAAUGAUGCCAACUUUUUUAAAUAAGGAAAAAUAAUAAUAAUUUUAUCCAUAUUGACCCAGUGAGUUGCCACAUUACUGGAGCCCUGUGAACAGACACCACACUGCCACGGAUAAAACUUGCUAAACAAUAGCAAUUAAAAUGCAUAUACUAUGGGGUUUUUUUUUUCCCCCUUAAAUCACUUGGUUUUCUUAUUUAAACGUUUCAGUGUGAAACCAAUUUUCUGAAAUUAUAUAAUGCAGUUUGAAGCACUUUAAUUUAUUCUGUACUGUAUUUGUUAUUUCUAAUCUUGUUACUCUCCCAGGAGAAUACAUGACCUAUAUAAAAAGAAGCAAUGUAUAAAUGGUUAUUAAAGAACAACCUAUAUAUAGAUUGUAAAAAUCUUAAAUACAAAUCAAACUCACAGAGCUCUUAAAAUUAACCAUUAUAUUGCAGUAGAAUGAUUGAAAACAUCUCAUGCCUUGAAAUACCUUUAUUAAAAUAUGAUUUUAGAAUAAAAAUAUUCAUUUGCCAACUGAUUCUUUCAGGUUGGAUAAAUUAAAUUAAUUACUAGCUAGGUCCCUUCUAAAUUUCUUAAACUUCAGAGUAUUUGAGAAUGGAGAGCAUUACUAGGAAGGGGAGACUUCCUUCAAGAAGUUUCCAGUUUAGGGGUGCCUGGGU